AUGGCGUCAGACAGCGACGAGGAACUGUCAGAUGAGCAGGUACAUGAACUUCUGCGCCAAGCCGAGACGAGAAUGCGGGAGGCGCAGGAGCUUGCCCACCAAGCGUCCGACAACGCAGACGCUGUAUACAGGCUCCCCAAGCUCGAUCCUGGCGUCAUGAUCAAGCCAUACAUACAGACGGUCGAUGGCGUGGCACGGGUGGACCCGUCCCGCCUCGUGGACGAUGACGAUAGAUCCAAGGCCAACGCCGUCCGCAAGGUCGAGGAUCCCCUGACGAUCAAGAAGCGGAGAGACGAGGAAAAGAAAGCUACUACUGGACCAGAGUGGUUCAACCUACCAAAAACAGAGCUCACGCCUGAGCUUCGGAGAGACCUGAAGCUGCUCAAGAUGAGGAACGUCAUCGACCCGAAGAGAUUCUACAAGAAGAGUGGGAAAACUUCGGAGGUCCCUGAGUACUCACAGAUUGGCACCAUCAUUGAGGGUCCAACCGAGUACUACAAUGGCAGGCUACUCAACAAGGAGCGCAAAAACACCUUCGCCGACGAGGUAUUAGCUACAGAGGCCAAAACCGGCCGUUUCAAGAGCAAGUACAACGACAUACAAGCAUCAAAGACGAGCGGAAAGAAGGCAUACUACAAGGCACUCAAGGAGAAGCGCAAGAAGAGCAUCGGGAAAGGGUGA